GCUGCCUGCCUUGGGGACACUGGGGGGGGGCUUGCUCACCUGGGCCCCCGGCUGUCAGUGGGAGCUUCUAAAGUGACACCGUGCUGGACCUGCGGGAUACCUGGCUGUUAGUGUCCAGCUCCCGCCCCAGUGGGUGGGUCAGGAUGCAGUACCAGGAGCCCUCCCCUGCUUCCGGAGGAAUGUUCUGCAUCCCCAGCCCCCGCCAGCCACUAAGCCCUUAAAUGCAGCUCGUGCACCUGGGGAGCAGAACAUUUCAGUUUGACUUAGCCUCUGUGGCCACACUGGACCAGUGGCUGUCCCCGUGGACAAGGGGCCGUAGAGGAGGUGACACACCGUGGGGCAGUCCAGCUGCCCAGGGAAUCUGCAGAGGGUCCUUCUGAGGCCAGGCGGUCAGGAAGGGCUCCUGGGGCUGGGGGUAGCUCGGUGGAGUGCUGCCAGGCACCUGGGCUCCGCGGCAGCACCCAUGCUCGGGAGGGAAAAUGGCCAAGAGGAGAGUUCAGCCAGGUGCAGGGGCCACACCCUCCACCCAGCUGCUGUGGAGGCUGAGGCAGGAGGAUGGCAGGUUCAAUCCUGAGUAUCCCCACACCCCACAAAAGCGCUUAUUCUGGAGUGUAGAGGGAAGGGUGUCCUACAGAGGCCCUGGGGCUCCCAUACCUGGCUGAGCAGGCAGAGCGAAGAGGGUGGGCGGAUGGAACAGGCCUGGGCUGUGGGGAGGAGGUGACCUUCAGGUGGCUGGGAAUGAAAUCCAGAAUUCCUCCGGUAGCCAUCAGUGUGGUAGAUGUUGUGCCAUUUAAGGGUAAGAACCAGAGAGGUAGAGCAGGUUGCCCAGGUCACACAGCAUUCAAACCCAAGUGUCGCCUGCUCCCACGCGCCCUCUCCCAGUGUGGUUCCUGCUCUUUGCAGCUCACUGAAGUCCAGCAGGAUCUUCAAGAACACCACAGGCAGGUGGAAGCCUUCCUCCAGGCGGUGGACGGCCAGCCCGUGGAGCUCCCGGAGGGCGGGAGCCCACAGGAGUCGGACUUCGAAGACGUGGUCACCGGAAGGCAGUCCGACUGGCUGCGGCCGCCCCAGUCCAGCUGGGACGAGGAGGGUGAGAUGCCACCAUUCUGGGACCCGGAGCCCCCGUUCUGGCAGGACGUCCUCACCUCGCAGCUUUGGCGGAUCUUUGCCGAUGUCCAGGAGAAGGCGGCUCAGCCCUGCCGCCGAGGACAGCAAGGGCCUAGAGCCACCUGACACGGAGACGGCAGCCAUCACUGACCCGGUGGGCAGCGGGCAGGAGGCGCUGGCUGGGGUGCAGGGCGCCUGCCCGUCCAGGUGUGCCAGGUGCGCCGUGCCCUCCCUCUGGCUAGCUCCUGCCCGGGCCAAGUCCCCUCUCAGCCCCCUGGAAGACUGCGGGGAAGAGGCAGCACUGGCCGAGCUGGCCCAGGAGCCUGCUGCGGGAGCCUACCCCCUUCUGAAGCUCAUAUCCUGGGACCCCUCGGACUCUGGAGACUCCUGGAGGCGGCCGGACGCCCCGCCCCGCCAGAGCAGGCGCUUGGCGCUCCCGCACACGCUGCAGAGGAUGCGCCUGCUGCGCCACGGGGAGCCCGUGCUGGCCCUGGCGGUCAGCAGCUUCACGAGGCACGCGUUCACCUGCAGCAGGGGCGGCAUCAAGGUGUGGAGCCUGGCCGGCCAGGUGGCCCAGGACAGGUUCCCCGACAGCCACCUGCCCGUGCACAAGCAGGCCCCGGACGCCUACCUGUGCACCUGCCUGCUGUCCUCCAACAGCAGGACGCUGCUCACCGGAGGCCACAACCUGGGCAGCGUCUGUGUGUGGGACCUGGCCGCGCCCUCCCUGCGCGUGAAGGGGGAGCUGCCCUGUCGAGAGGCCGCCUGCCAGGCCCUGGCCGCCAAAGCGGAUGAGAGCUUGGUCUUCGCGGGCUUCACCGAUGGCUCUGUCAGGAUCUGGGACCCGCGGGCCCCGCACGUGGUCAGGGACAUUUUGGGCCAGCUGAACGGAGCCAAGAGCAUCGUGGUCAAAGACAACGACGUCUGGACGGGGGGCCUGGACGGCCAGCUGUGCCAGUGGGACCUGAGGACCCUGCGGGACCCCAGGGUGUUCCUGUUCAAGUCCCAGAUCAUGAGCCUGUCCCUCAGGCCCCAGGAGGACUGGCUGCUGCUGGGCCUGGCCAACGGCCAGCACUGGCUGCAGCACUGCACCCGCCACCAGUCGCGCAGGGUGGGCGGCAAGGACAGCGCUGUCCUCGGACUCAAGUUCUCCCCCUACGGCCAGUGGUGGGUGAGCGUGGGGAUGGACGACCUGGUCAGCGUCCACAGCAUGCCCACGGGGGCCCUGGUGUUCCAGGUGCCCGAGCCCUCCUGUGUCCUGUGCUGUGACGUGUCUGCUGACAACCGGCUGGUCGUGGUGGGGUCUGGGACCCAGGCCUCGGUGUACCUCGUCACCUACUGAGGGCCUCGCCGUCCCCUGGCACGGGCUCCUGUUCCCGUUUCUGUUCCCGUUUCUGUUCCCGUUUCUGUUCCCUGUGGUGGUGGUGGUGGUGGUGGUGGUGGGUGGGGCCGGGCCUGGGGCUCGCAGACCCAGGUCCUCACUGCACAGAAUAAAGCAGCUGGAAAGACGUUCACGUCCUGUCCCUGGGGAGCGAGGGCUCCCACCCUGUGCCCACAGCGUCACCGAGACCUGGGGGAUCUGUGCAGCCCCUGUCCAGGCACCGUUGGAGCAGGGACUCUGGUCCCUCCUGCACUGAGCCAGCCCGGCCUCGCAGCCCGGCCUCGCAGCCCGGCCUCGCAGCCCGGCCUCGCAGCCCGGCCUCCCAGCCCGGCCUCCCAGCCCGGCCUCGCAGCCCCAAAACGGUUUCCAGCUGCCUCUGGCAGGUCCCAGGACAUGUCCCAGGAGACAGAGGCUCUCAGACAGGGCCAUCUGCCCCAGGGGGUACUAAUGUCUCCCGGGGAGUGUGGCUGUUGGGACUCGGAGGUGGCCAGGGCACCACCCUGAGUGCCCUGGUGGCAUGAGUGCACGGGGCUCUCCCCGGGCUGGGAGGGGCCUGUCUGGGGUCUGCUCCCUCAGCCCAUGACGUCCCUGAGCCCCGCGAGGUCUCCAGCAGCCCCCAGAGUGCUCCAGUGCCAUCUGCUCUGUCACUCCUGCUGUCACCUGCUGGGUGCCCAGGAUCCCGGGGCUCUGGGAGGCGUAGGCCCCCCCAGCAGUCCCUGUGUGGCUGUGUCACUGGGGCUCGGCCCCCAUGUGGCACUGUGGGGGGGCCCUGAGGAGGGGUGCACACGGGGAAACGGGUCACCAGAGGUCGGGGUGCGGGUUGGAGUGGCUCCCUCUGGACCUCUGGAUUGUUCUCUGGCUCCCGAUCCCCCACGAAAUGCCACCCUCAGGUGUGUGUCCGCCAUGGCCGCCUGCACGCUCCACCUGGACUCCCGUCUCCAAAACGGCCACAGAAACCUCCCUUCUUUAUAAAUGACCCACCCCCAGCUCUUCUGUUGUAGGGAGAGGAAUGAGCUUGCUCUACACGGGCCUGUGUGGGACACUCAAGGCCUGGUCCCAAGCUGGCCACUGGCUGGGGCACUGGCCACUCCUGGGAUCCCAGCAGCUUGGGAGGCCGAGACGGAAGGAUUGCAAGUUUGAGGCCCGCCCGGACAACUUAGCUAGGCACCGUCUCAAAAUUAAAGGGCUCAGGGUAGAGUGGGCGAUGCCCCAAGUUUCAUCUUCAGCCCCAGGAAAAAAGGUGGGGCGUCACGGGCCUCUCAGGUCAUGGGGGCGUGCCCUUGAAGGGAACAUCAGGACCCCAGGCUCCUCCUCUUGGCUUUGCGGUCAGCGUGAGCCGAGAGGCUUCCUGCAACAUGUUCCCGCCACCAUGAUGUGCUGCCCCCAGCCCAAGGCCACGGGGCCAGCUGACCACAGGCUGAAAUGUCCAGAACCAUGAGCCAGAAUAAACCUUUCCUCUUUGA